CAUUAUCGUUAAAUCGUUCCCGCCAGCGUCGCCCGUCUUUCGCUACCGACAACAUCACUCUACGUUUACUGCAGCCCUAUCAACUGCGACUCCGACGAGACACUGAUUGUGCUAUUACAUCAUGGGAGCCAAGGUCCCCCGCAACUUCCGUCUCCUCGAGGAGCUCGAGAAGGGCGAGAAGGGCAUGGGUGCUGAGGCGUGCAGCUACGGCCUGGACAACCCUGAAGACCUCCUGAUGUCUGACUGGAACGGCACUAUCCUUGGCCCUCCCCACAGUGUACACGAGAACCGCAUCUACUCGGUCAAGAUGCACUGCAGCGAUCAGUACCCCGACAAGCCGCCCACCGUUCAGUUCGUCAGCAUGGUAAACCUGCCUUGCGUCAACCAGCGAAAUGGUGUUGUCGACCCGUCCCAGCUGCCCUGUCUUGCCAACUGGAAGCGUGAGAACACCAUGGAGACCGUCCUCAUUGAACUGCGAAGAUACAUGGGUAGCAGUCAAUGUAAGAAGCUGCCUCAGCCCCCCGAGGGCACCGAAUACCAGAAACAAUAAGUCUUCGGAAACAAGCGAAAGGAACUGCUUCAUAGACUGAAGCAAUGACUUAUGACCUUGAAUCAUCCUGUUUUCCAUCUCGACAAAUGGGCAACUGAGAGUUGUGCAUAACGGGCCUUGACCCAGAGAGAUGCUGGCUUCAGAAGAGGAGAUCUCACCGGCUGGUGUUUGUCUGGAGUCAGGUGCCGGAUCUAGGAGAUAACCCAAGGUACCAUCGCCUGGAGGGAAUGAGAGUUAGCAGUUCUGUUGAGAAUACCGAGCAUGAUCAUGACUUGACAAUACUCUAUCCCGAGAACGAUGGUUAAGGAUGUGAGCACCGAUCAAGUCAUAUGCUGCAUCGACAAUAAUUCCGCACGUGAUGUGAUUACUGCGGCGGUGCGGAACUGUUCCGCUCUUGAGAUAUCCGCAACCAUGAAAUCUUGCAACCAUCCCCUU